AUGCUGGCUCCUAGUCUGCUUGCGCCGCUGCUGCUCGCCAGCACCUUGUGUGCGGCUGCUCCAGCUGUCCACCAUGACGAGAACACGCCCAAGGAGAACUUGAAGAUCACACCGAAAGUGUUCAUCGUUUCAAUGUUCGAGCCUGAGGGUGCGGCCUGGUGGGAUAUUCCCGAAUUCAACCUCUUGGCGCAUAACAUCACAGUCCCCGGUCUCUCGCCCCUCUAUCCCGAUGUUCAUUGCACUGAAAACUACGAGGUCUGCCAAUUGAUCACCGGUGAAUCCGAGAUCAAUGCCGCAACCACCAUCACCUCUGUCGCAUUUUCACCUCUGUUCGAUCUCACCCACACCUACUUCUUCGUGGCUGGCAUUGCUGGAGUCAAUCCCCAGAAAGCAACCCUUGGAUCAGCGACAUUUGCACGAUUCGCCGUCCAGGUUGCUUUGCAGUAUGAGAUCGACAUCCGCGAGCUCCCCAGCACCUACAAGACUGGAUACAUCCCUCUGGGAGCUGAUUACCCCGACCAGUACCCCACCAGCAUCUACGGCACUGAGGUCUUCGAGCUCAACACCGAGCUUCGGAGCCUCGCUGUCAAGUUCGCCCGUCAGGCUAACUUGUCCGACUCGACUACCGCCCAGGCCUACCGUGCUCACUACGCGACCUCCAGCGGAGAAUACAAGGCCGCAACUCUGGGCCCGUCUAUCGUGGAGUGCGACGUCGCAACCUCGGAUGUUUACUACAGUGGCAACAUCCUAGGCGAUGCAUUUGCCAACUUUACCAAGCUGCUCACCAACGGUACCGGUGAUUACUGCACCACUGCCCAGGAAGACAACGCCACCCUCGAGGCCCUCAUGCGUGCGGCUGUCCACAAGCUCACAGACUUCUCUCGCAUCAUUGUCAUGCGUACUGCCUCGGACUUUGACCGUCCCUACCCCGGUGAAUCCACUGCCUACAAUCUUCUUUACGCCGAUGCCGGUGGUUUCGAGCCCUCCAUCACCAACAUCUACCGUGCCGGUAUCCAGGUCGUUGAAGGCAUCUUGAAUGGCUGGGAAACCACCUUUGCACGUGGCGUGAAGCCUACCAACUACAUUGGUGAUAUUUUCGGCACCCUGGGUGGCCAGCCUGAUUUCGGCCCUGGACGUGCUGAGGCUCUGGAGAACAGUGGGGCUUUCAAGAAGCGCAGUCUCGAUGGCCGUCUUCGUCGCAAGUAA